AUGAGACUCACCAUACUUCUCGCUGGCAUCGCUGCCAUUGUCCCCUUCUCCAUGGCAGAGGAACUUGAUGCCGACGACGUACCCUCAACAUGCAGGACGAUCUGCCAACCCAUUGUCGACCUGAGCAACGCAUGCGACAUCGACCCCAAAGAGAACAAAACAAAAGACAAGAGAGGCGACUUUCUACUUGUGGCGAGAAGCAAGGCUGAAGAAGCUAUCGAGGCAAAUUGCAUCUGCACAAACAAGAGCUUCGAUGUCGCCACUGUAAUGGCCUUGUGCGAAAGCUGUAUGGUGCAAAAUAGUGAUGAUGCAGAAGACUUACAAAAGAUGAUGAAGCAAUGUGACUUUACAUCCACUUCGUAUGUGAGCGCUGCGACGAGUGUUGUCUCUGGUAUUUCGGUGGAGGCAACGAAGCCAGCGUCAACAGAUGUCCCUAAGGGUACUACGACUGAUACAGCCGUUUCUGCUACCGAGACGGCUGGUAGUAAUUCUGGGAAGAUUGUGGUCUCUAUCAUGGCUGUCACCUGGGCUAAUUUAAUGUUUGCGUUCUUAUUAUAA